UCAGACAAGGGGUGAGGUAUUACUGUCGUGUCGGUCUACCACUCCUACUUCUAUUCCAGCAUAAUCCAGAUUGGACACAUAUUGGGAUGGCAGGAUUACGUCAUACUUACGUCACAAUACUGGGUGUGAUCCUCAUCUCUUAUGGCAUCAUACUCAACGUGAUUGGCGCCAUAGCAUCCUUUAUACAUCCGGGUUCUUACCAUCAUGGCGCCAUGGGAACACCGAUGUGGGGAGGGCUAGCGUAUAUCAUAUUAGGAGCAGUGAAUGCUGUAAAAGGAUUGGAUAGAAACAAAGAAAAGGGCGGCAUAUCUUUGCUACUCCCUACUACCAACGUUUUGGCUGCGAUCGUAUCAUUUUUAAUCAUAGCGCUGACGUCAUGGACAAUGUCCGCAUCGGGUAUCAUCACUAAUCACCCCGUCACUGAGCUCACUGUGACGUCACAAACGAAUGCUACAAAUGACAAUCUAACUGACCUUCAGCUCUCAUUGACACCGAUAUAUUCUACAGUAAUCACGUCAUGCGUUAUUAUCAUUCUCAUGGUGUUCAUUGGCUUGUGCAUAGACUGUGUGCGUUUCAUCUACGAGAGACCUGCGAUUACUGCGCAGGUGCAUCAUGGGAACGGAUGGGAUGAGAGGGAUGGUGCGAGGAAAGCGUACCCCAUCAUCGAGGAGGAAGCCACGCCUCAAUAUCACCACGGCGACGCGAUGGGCGAGGUCGUGUAUGGCAAUUCUCCCCCGUUGCCGAGAGUAGGCCUACAGGUCGUUAAAACCAUCGAAAGACCCAGUUUUCAUCACCACAUGGAACCAAUAACGGAAGAUAACCGUGUUGCACUUCCAUACCACGCCCAUAAUCAACACGCCCAUCAUCCAAGCCACGCCCAUCAUCCAGACCACGCCCAUUAUCCAGACCACGCCCGUCAACCGAGCUACGAACGUUCAAAGACGAGGCAAACGACCACCACACACCAACCUCAUACGAUUGAGAGAGAAAAUAGAAACAGAAAAUAUCCUUACCAGUCUAACCCGGGACCUGAAGUCAGGGAAGUAGCAGAAAGGGAAGAGAGACGUCCGAAACCAUACUUCUACCUGUAAUAUUCUAGCGGUUAACAGAUCACGAUUCUGAUUGAUUAAACUUUUAUAAAGGGACACUUUGCAUUGACUUGAUUCGUGUACCCUGACUUGUUGAAUAGCGCCCUCGUACAGCGGCAUUAGCUAGUUUCCCCCACAAACAAGCAGAAUGAAUUCUAGAACACAAUUAAAUGCCCGUCAACAAUGCACAGCUAGGAGGUCUUUGUCGAAAAUUUGUCCCGUGCCGACCGCACAGAAACGUUGUUAGCCUAACAGAGCGCCAACAGUAAGCCCAGUCAUAUCUUUCGGAUUGUUGAACAUUUAUUUCAAUAUUAAGCAAUGCAUUGUUGUAACAUUAGACAUCGCUGCCACAUUACCGGUUGUAACAGGACCGCCGUUAGUGCACUGUUAGCGCUAACAACGUUUCUGUGCGGUUAGUACAGGACGAAACUUCUUUUUUUAAUUUCAGCUAUCGACAAAGACCUCAUUGUCAUGAAGGACAUUUGGCAAUACAUUAGCUAUGUUCGAAAAUGCGUCGUAAAAGCGAAUGAUCAGGGGCCCGUAACACAAAGCUUAGCAAUGAUCGUGGAACAUUUUUCUACGAUUGAUUGCAUUAACCGUAAUACCUUGGUCACAUUUGCUCUACGGCGGCCGUACGGCGAGUCGAAAACAGCCGUUUUAUUAAUUUUGAUUCAAACCACCUAAUAUGUAGUUGGUACAAAAAUUGUUAAAACGGCUGUUUUCGACUCGCUGUACGGCCGCCGUAGAGCAAAUGUGACCAAGGUAUACAAAUUAAGCGUAUGAUUGAUCUCUAACCUUUGUGUUACGGGACCCUGAUAUUCACCAUGAAGCUGUGUUUGCAUCUUCAUGCGUUUCCGGGAUUCCAAAAAUGUAUUCAUGUUUGUUACAAGCUCGGUUGAAGGAUAAGCGAUACAUUAUACAUUCAUAUCAGAAUUAGAUCGUUGAAGCUGCAGCACAGUAAUAGUCUGCAACUACAGACUCGAAUUUAACACUUUGAAAAAAAAGCCAUGUCUAGAGUAAAGACUAAAUUUAAAAAUCGCUGUUUGUGUCAAAUAAGCAGCUACGGUACAGUAGUGAAUAAUCUAGUCUCACGACUUCAGACUCUGUAUAACGCAUUAUGCGAAAACUUUAAGGACAAGUGCACCCCAACAAAAAGUUGAUUUGAAUAAAAAUAGAAAAAUCCAACAAGCAUAAAAAUGAAAAUUAAAUCAAAAUCGGAAGCAAAAUAAGAAUGUUGUGACAUUUUAAAAAAGUUUCCCUUAAUUUCACAAAACUGUUAUAUGCACUGUUAAAAAAAACGUGAUUUUACAACAACAAAAAAAGAUUUUGCAGAAAGGAAUGACAGAAUCAGACUGUAAAUUCAUAAAACAGGAUUUUUUCUGCAAUGUAACAGAAAAGGUCUGUUUAAAAAGGGGAAAAGGGUGUUUUAUUUCAGAAAAUUUUUAAGAUUCCAUACACCAACUACCAAUUUCCUGUAAGAUUACGCAAUCUGGUAAGAUUACAGGUGUUCUCGAGACUCUGCUGCAGGAACUUCUUUUAUUUUAAGGAUAAAUUUUCUAACAGUGUGCACAUCCUGGCUGGUAUGCAAAUGAGGAGACUAUGACGUCAUCCACUCACUAUUUCUCUUCUAUUUUAUUAUAUGAAAUAUUCUAAUUUUCUCCUCAUCGUCAAGUGAUACAACGAUUAAUUCCUCCCUGAACAUGUGGAAUUAGCAUUGUUCAAUACUAUAUGGUUCAGUCAAGUUGGUCCUUAUUGUCAAAUCUAUAAAAAAUUAAAUAUUGUAUAAUUCAAACAAUAAAAGAAGAAAAGAAAUACUGAGUGAUGGACAUCAUCGACUGACUUACCUAGUUUUGCAUAUCCCUGUUUUGUGAAAAAUAAGCAAAACUUUAAAAUGUCUUAUUUUAAUCCGAUUUUGAUGAAAUUUUCAGCACUCUGCUAGUUUGAUUUUCUCUAUUUAUUCAAGUCAGCAUUUCCCUGGGGUGGACUUGGCCUUUAAGUUCUGUGCAUACAUAUUGAUAGAUGCUACAGAUGUUGCCUCCUUGUCGCAUGUAUAAUAUCUCUUAUUGCACUUGCACUGGUUAAAAUAUUGUACACCAUAUAUUGUAUGUAGAUUGAUCGUAUUUUUUUUUCUUCAUUACAUGGAAAUAGCCAUAAUUGCAAAUGUAGUAAGGGGCAGAUCCAGGAUUUUCCAAGGGGGGGGGGCACACAUUUAUCUGAGGAAAAUAUGACGAGCAAAAAAAUAGGUUUUCACUAAAUAUUGAAGGUCAUUUCGUCCACGUAAAAUUUGUAAAGCAAAAAAAAAAAGAUCCUCACUUGUG